AUGGCUGAAGCGACCCUCCACAACGUGCCAAUUGUUAUUGACAAUGGAAGCGGCACCAUCCGAGCUGGUUUUGCUGGAGAAGAAAUCCCGUCAUGUUAUUUUCCUUCGUUCGUGGGCCGCCCCAAGCACCCCCGGGUCAUGGCCGGUGGCUUAGAAGGCGACUCGUUCAUCGGCCAACGCGCACAGGAACUGCGUGGGCUAUUAAAAAUUCGGUAUCCUCUAGAGCACGGCAUCGUCACAAAUUGGGAGGAUAUGGAAUCGAUCUGGCACUACGUCUACGAGAAUGAAGUCAAGGCCCUCCCCGAAGAGCACCCCGUCCUCCUCACCGAACCGCCGUUGAACCCCCGUGCCAACCGUGAUAUGGCCGCGCAACUCAUGUUCGAGGCAUUCAACGUCCCUGCACUGUACAUGUCCAUCCAAGCUGUUUUGUCUUUGUACGCGUCUGGUCGCACCACUGGUGUGGUGUUGGACUCGGGAGACGGGGUGUCUCACGCUGUGCCCGUUUUUGAGGGUUUCGCUAUCCCAAACAGUAUUCGCAGAAUCGAUGUCGCCGGUCGUGACGUCACAGAGCAGAUGCAGCUACUGCUCCGAAAAGCAGGCCAUGUCCUGCAUACUAGCGCGGAGAAGGAAGUGGUGCGGAUGAUCAAGGAGAAGGUGUGCUAUGUUUCACUGGACCCGAAGCGGGAAGAGAAGGAGUGGAUGAACAGUUAUCACAAGUCUGACGCGAAAGCGAUGGACUACAUUCUCCCUGAUGGCCAUAAGAUUAAGAUCGGUCAAGAACGUUACCGUGCACCUGAAAUCCUGUUCGACCCCGAGCUGAUUGGUCUGGAGUACCCCGGUGUGCAUCAAAUCGUUCAGGAUGCCAUUACUCGCACCGAUCUUGAUCUCCGCAAAUCACUAUACCUGAACAUCGUGCUCUCUGGUGGAUCAACGCUGUGCAAGAACUUCCCGGAUCGUCUGAUGCGCGAAAUCAAGCGACUUGCUGUGGAGGACAUGAAGAUCCGAAUCUCUGCCCCUGCGGAGCGCAAAUAUACCACCUGGAUUGGUGGUAGCAUUCUGGCUGGUCUUAGCACAUUCAGAAAGAUGUGGGUGAGUGCGGACGAAUGGCACGAGGACCCCGAGGUCAUCUUCAAACGAUUCGCAUAG